AUGCUUACAUCAUGUGAAACAUUAGAUAACAUUGUUGUAAACAAUGAAUUAAAAGUAAUAUAUGACAAUGCCUUCAACGGAUGUUAUAAAUUAUCAUCAAUUAUUCUUCCAAGUUCAUUAAAUGAGAUCAGUAAUAACGCAUUUCGAAAUUGUAUUUCAUUGAAAACAAUUUAUUUUCCACAAUUUAUUUUACAAAUUCAUUUUGAAGCAUUUUGUAAUUGUUCAUCAUUAGAUAAUAUUAUACUUCCUAACUAUUUAACUCAAAUUGAAUUUGCCUUAUUUCGAUAUUGUAGAUCAUUAACAACUAUUAUAAUUCCAAAUAGUGUCAAAACGAUUGACAUGAAUGCCUUUAGUCAUUGUACAUCAUUAACAAAUAUUACAAUACCAGAGAGUAUGACAACAAUUGGUAUAGAAACAUUUAGUUUUUGUACAUCAUUAACAAGCAUUUCAAUACCAAAUAGUGUUACAGAUAUUGGUUAUGGUGUAUUUAGUUAUUGUACAUCUUUAUUAACGAUAACAUUACCUCAAAACAUAGAGACAAUAAAUCGAGAGACAUUCAGUUAUUGCACAUCUCUAACAUAUAUUUCUCUUCCAAACAAUGUCAAUACCAUUGUAUGGAAAGCAUUUAGUCAUUGUUCAUCAUUAACAAGUAUUACCUUCCCAUCAAGUAUAUCAACCAUUCAAUUUAAUGCAUUUGAAUAUUGUUCAAAUCUAACAACAAUUGGAUUUGAAAGUAAUUAUAACAAAAUCGGAUUUGCUCUAAAUACAUUUUACAAAGUUCAAAACAAAUUAAAUAUAUAUAUUCCAGGACGAUUUAAUAUUAAUGAAACUUCAUCACGUGCAUUUCCAAAGAGGAGUCAUUUAUAUAUCACAAGUCAAACAACUUUAUCAGACAGCUGCAAACCAUUUUUUGGACAUCGAUCUGUUUAUGUUCACAACGGAAAUCCAAUUUCAAAAAUCGAUCCCAUCACACUUGAUGUUAUUAAUUACAUCAAUAUUUCAGAUAUUGAUGUAACAGAUCCAAUUUUCAUGAUUAACCAACAAAAAAUAUUCAGAAGACGUUGA